AACGUCACGUCUGGCUUUAUUUGACUCUGUUAUCCAUCCAGAUGAAAGGCGGGGCAGUUUGUUACUUUCUCAACCCGAGCUAAGUUUUACUGUCUCAGCAAGAACGACUCAGUCUCUCAAAUCAUAGCUAAUUCUCCUCUGAGGGCCUUGCUGAAGUUCUGCGUUUGCUUGCUCCGCUUUCCUCUCAUUUUGGACCUCAAGCCUUCCUGUAGUCCGAGGCCCUGCAACGGGGUCAAACGCGCCUCCGGUCUUCACAUAACCUUUCAAGCAUCCCUCCUUCCCAGGACACACUCAAAGCGUCAGAGCGGUCCGCUCUUCUCAAGUCCUAUUGGCUGAAGUCCACGCGUCUCAUGGCACUGGGGUGAGAGGCGGAAAAGGCCUUCCCCAGGCGCGAGAAGAUGACGUCACAGUAGCCCGGCCGGGCGCUGAGGUAGCCUGGGGCUCUCUGCCUAGUAACUGGCCUCGCACGGCGCCGACCGAAGACCCCCUCCGUCAGCGACGCCGUCGCAAUGGCCAUUUGUCAAUUCUUCCUUCAAGGCCGGUGCCGCUUUGGAGAUCGGUGCUGGAACGAACAUCCCGGUGCCAGGGGUGCAGGAGGAGGACGGCAGCAACCGCAGCAGCAGCCUUCAGGUAAUAAUAGACGUGGAUGGAAUACAACUAGCCAGAGAUAUUCCAAUGUCAUCCAGUCAUCCAGUUUCUCCAAAUCCACACCAUGGGGGGGCAGCAGAGAUCAAGAAAAGCCAUCUUUCGGUUCUUUUGAUUCUGGAGCUUCAACUAACAGGAAGGAAGGCUUUGGAUUGUCUGAGAACCCAUUUGCUUCACUUAGUCCUGAUGAGCAGAAAGAUGAAAAGAAACUUCUGGAAGGAAUUGUAAAAGAUAUGGAGGUUUGGGAAUCAUCAGGGCAGUGGAUGUUUUCUGUUUAUUCACCAGUGAAAAAGAAACCUAAUAUUUCAGGUUUUACAGACAUUUCACCAGAGGAAUUGAGGCUUGAAUACCAUAACUUCUUAACCAGCAAUAACUUACAGAGUUAUCUAAAUUCUGUCCAACGUUUAAUAAAUCAAUGGAGGAACAGGGUAAAUGAACUGAAAAGCCUCAAUAUAUCAACUAAAGUAGCUUUGAAAUGCUUUUGGAAGAUAUAUACCCACCUGUCUCCAAAGAUCUAUGGUCCCGACUGUAGCAAGUUCAUUAUCUUUCUCUCUGAUGUAAAGGAUGGAGUAAAUCAAGCAGCACCUGCAUUUGGAUUUGGCAGUAGUCAAGCAGCAACAUUUGUGUCGCCAGGCUUUCCAGUCAAUAACAGCAGCAGUGAUAAUGCUCAGAACUUUAGUUUUAAAACAAACUCUGGAUUUGCCGCUGCCUCUUCUGGAAGCCCUGCUGGUUUUCGGAGUUCCCCAGCAUUUGGAGCUGCAGCCUCUACCAGUUCAGCUAUCUCUACUUCUGCUCCAGCUUUUGGAUUUGGGAAACCUGAAGUCACCUCGGCUGCAUCAUUUUCAUUCAAAAGCCCUGCAGCUUCCAGUUUUGGAUCACCUGGAUUUUCAGGACUUCCAGCUUCCUUGGCAACAGGUCCUGUCAGAGCUCCAGUGGCCCCAGCCUUUGGAGGUGGCAGUUCUGUGGCUGGUUUUGGUAGUCUGGGCUCACAUUCUCACGCUGCUUUUUCUAAGCCAUCCAGUGACACUUUUGGAAAUAGCAGCAUAUCCACUUCUCUCUCAGCCUCAAGCAGCAUCAUUGCAACAGAUAAUGUGUUAUUCACACCCAGAGAUAAACUAACAGUAGAAGAACUCGAACAAUUUCAAUCCAAGAAAUUUACUCUGGGAAAAAUUCCAUUAAAGCCUCCACCUCUGGAACUUCUAAAUAUUUAAAAGGGCAAUUUUAAAUCCAAAAAAUAAUGAUGUUUAAAAUUGUUUUGAGUGAUUCAUAUAGAGAUGUAUAUAUGCAUACAUGUAUAUAUUCAUAAGGAAUAUAAGCUUCCAUUAAUAGUGAUUUUAAAUUUUAUUUUUUUCUUAAGUCUAAAUAUUUAAGUAAAAAGUAACAAAAACUCAGCAAGCAAGGGAAGUUUUUUGUACAGUAAUUUUGGAUGGAACUGAAAAAUUGUGCACGAAUAAAGUACUUUUCUCAUGCCA